CUGCACUGCAGAACAGAUCUCAGGGCUCACAGCAUCUUAGUUCAUGGACUGAAGAUCAUUUAUCUGUGAAAAAAUAUAUAAAAACAGUUCCUUCCAGUCUCCGAUAUUAAGCGGUGAACUCUGGAGGUUAAGAUUACUCAUGAAGAAAUGCUAGCAAGGCUUCCAGUGAUAAUCUGAUCAGAGCCUAAUGAAAAUUUGCAAGUAUGGGGUUAGUCCUUCCAGCCCAUGCAGCAAUCUUUAUCUUGGGCAACCUGGUGGCUUCUCAACCAUUUGCACAAAGUUUGAAAGAAACCAUCAAUAUCACAGCAGUCAAUUUCAAUGGUGAACGGAUGCAGAUAAUAUGGAAAGCUAAAGACUAUUUCCCUGACAGGAAUGUGACUUUUUUUUACAGAUUUGGCACAGCUCUUCAAAACAGAGCUUGGAAGCAAUGCCCCAACUAUAUACUUGACCAAGGUUACAAUUCUGGCUGUCUCUUCAAGACAGAGGGACCCACUCUUAACAUUUCUUUUAAGGAUAAGAAUGGAACUGAAGAGCUUUUCUAUUAUAUGCUAAAAUCUGAUUUCUUUAUAAAACCCAAUCCACCUGAAAACAUAACCUUCCAUUGGAAAGGAGAUAGAGUUACUAUAGAAUGUAAUAAACCAAAGACACCAGCAAGGUGCUUGCAGCUUGAACUUCAGUAUAAAAGCAAGUAUGACGAAGAAUGGCAGUCUAGAAAAUCUGCAUGUUGCAAAGUUGAAGAGCAAGGGUUUGAUCCUGAAAAGUGCUACUCCUUCCGGGUUAGAUUGGAAAGAACACUCGAUUGCAAUAGAAUUCCUUAUGCCAGCGAAUGGGCAGAGGUAACAGUUUGGAGAAAUGGCAGCUUACUUGAUUCAUGUGCUGAUGAUAUAAAGCCUCUGUCAUACAAUGUAAUCCUUUUAAUUUCUGUGCUGGCAGUCCUAGUAAUACUCCUCAUUCAGAUUUUUGUGUGCAAAUGCCAAAGAUUUCAGAAGUCAGUCAUGCCUGUUAUACCUGACCCAAAGCAUAUAUUUUCUGAUCUCUUUAAUGAUCAUAAUGGAAACUUCCAGGAAUGGAUUGACAAAACUGACAAUGCAAUGGGCCAAACCAAGAUGGAAUGUGUAGAACAUGAGUGCAUCAUUGAGGAGAGAACUGAGCAGGAAGAUGAGAAGGAAGCUAGUGAAAAGCUUUGUGAAUUGUCAAACAUGAAUGAAAGAGAUUAUCUGAGUUCUGCUCAUAACACUUGCCUGCCACCAGCAGCCAGUGAUACAGUUUCUUUCAGGAGUUUUAAGUUUUGUAUGAAUGAAGACAAGUAUGUCAUCUUAUGAAACUAUUUAAUGCAGUAGGAACAUAUGGUAUCUGGAAAAGGUACACAGGAUCCUGAUGAGUUUAAAGGAGCAUCUAAGUACAGUAAAAAGUUAGGAUCAGGCUUGCCUAGCAUAACAUAGAAAGCUAUCCAAUCUGGAUCUGGAUUGCAACUUCCCAGAAUUUAGCGACAGCUUAUGCAGGCCCAUUAGAGAAACAAGAGGGCAUGGCAAUUCAGGUGUAUUUGGUUUUGGGGAUCUAGUGCGGGCCCAUCUCUAUGGCUAAACCGAGCCCCGUCCUGCAUGGCGAGCGUUCAAGGAGCCCUUCUCACUCACUGCACAACUUUUAAGAGCUGGGCACAAACACAGUCCUUGCUCUGAGAGCAGGGCCGCCCAGAGGGGGGGGCAAA